AUGGCAUGCAUCAACACCCCCACAUCGGCCCGAGCUCAUCCAGGCGACCGAGGUUCCCGGGCGCACGGCGAUGACCGCAAGUUGCUGGUGUCACCCAACGCCCUAGACGCGCUCGGUCUCAACAACAGCGUGACCGCCGUCAAGCCUGGAGACUCUGCCAAGCUCGCCUGCCCUGUACCCGCCGAGCUCUUCGGCACGCGCGUGUCGUGGAUCAGACGUCGGGACCUGGAGCUGCUGGCUGUAGGAGAAAGCAUGUACAGCAACGACCCUCGCUUCUUUGUGUCGCAUUCCCGGCAUUCUCAUUACCAGGGCGCCCGUCAUUCCCAGGUGUGGUUCCUUAAUGUGCUGAACGUGACCCACUCUGACGAGGGCGAGUAUGAAUGUCAGAUCUCGACCUACCCUCACACCUCCACCCUCGUCCAUCUCACGGUUGCCGAACCAUUCAGUGAAAUUCUUGGGCCUCCGGAGCGCGUUGUGGCAUCAGGCAGCAGCCUUCGUCUGGUGUGCUCCAUGAGGAACGCAACGUCGCCUCCAAGCUUCGUCUUCUGGUACCAGGGACGUCGGAUGGUCAAUUAUGACACCGAGAGAAACGUCAAGGUCGUGUCUGGCAAGGACUACAGCGUGCUGACCGUGAGCUCCGUGACAGAUGAUCACGGCGGCAACUACACCUGUGAGCCUAGCAACGCCUCGCCCUCGUCUGUACACGUGCACGUCGUUGAAGGCAGCAACGCUGGCCCUUCGUCAGGCAGUCGCAAGACUCCGGUGCGGCAACUCGGGGUGAAGAGUGCUAGCUCGGCCGGCCCACGGACUCUCACCCUUCAGGGAGGGGGCGCUAGGGGCUCCGUGCUUUAUCUCGCUGCCUGGUCAAUCGCCGUGUGGUUCACUGCAAACUUGUACACAAUGACAGCCUUUUGCAGUCCGCAAAAGUGCGCUUCGAGCGUCCGCAAGUCCCAGUAUGGCGGAGGUCAUCUACCAGAGAGUCCUACGGUUCAAAGCUCUCGCCAAAUUAAGGGGAAUAACAGCAGAAGAUUUGCCUUGAAUUUCCUAAAUUGCAGGGACUUCGCUGUUCACGAUAAUGCCUCUGUAUUUAUUCCUAAUGUUCAUGUUAUAGGAGAAGUUUUGUGCUGAACAUCUGUAUAUGUUCGACUUGUAAAUUGUUUAGUAAACAACAAGUACGGUGGGUAUCAACUGGGAGUAUUUUAUUUUCUCGACAAGAAUGUGCAAAAUCAUUCCUACAACUUUUUUGAACUUUGAUUUCAAUUUACGAAAGAUAUAGCAAAAAACACAACUGUAUGAAGCCGUCACAAGUGUGGCGUAUGUGUACAAAAUGUGAGUUUAUGUCAAUAUAUUCGUGUAUGUACUUUUUUCUAAAUAAUCUUAAUCAUUUUUAAUAAUCUCUUUCUCAGAUAAAAUCCUUCAUCUAAACCAAUAAUAACUAUGAUAAUAAUGCUAAGCAUGAAUAGCUUUCGUCGUAAUAUUCAAUUGUCUAGUGACGUAGAUAGAACCUCUUCCCCAAUGUCACAGUGAAUUCAUUCAAUCGAAUCAUUCAUUUCAAUAUUUCAUGUAUGGAUUAUAUAUAUAAUAAAAAUUAAAUCUGGAUUAUUCAAGUGGUCGUCAUGGAAAAAUGUUUUGCAAUUGCAAACAUUAUUGAUGAGUGAAGUAAGUAACUUUGCCCUAGUGUGAAAAACAUAUCGUGUAUAUAAAUGCACAGCUUAGAUAAUUACAAAUCGUAUUUAUUGUUAUAAGAUUAUUAACUGAUAGUGUUCGAUUACUGGAAAAUGCAUAAACUACAAUAAGUGUCUUGCCUUCAUGUAUUUUAAUACGUAAGUAUAACUUGUCAGAACUUCAACACGGAAAAAUUUCUUUAUUCAAAUUUUCUUACGCAUUCAUUUGUAAAUCUGUUCUAGUUCAAUACGAAUAACAUUUAUUAUCCCCAAAUUUUUACUGCAUAAUAUAAAGAAUCGUUAAAAGCCUUUAUUCGAGUUCGAUUUAAAUUUGGAACAUUUAUUUUGAAAACAAGAAAAAUUAUAAAAUUUCAUAAACUGGUCCUCUUAUAAUUAGAAUUCGCUUUCCUGAGUGUGAACUAAUCUUACGAUUUACAUUAGAUUUUUACAUUAUGCGCAAAAUUUGUACGAAAUUCACAUUUCUUAUUGUUCACAUGACAUAGAGUGUAAAGACAUGCACGUAUAUAUAGAAUAUUUAUAUUUAUUCUCAUGUACAAAUGGACGCAAGAAGUCAAGAACAUAUUUCAAUAUCUAUAUUCUCGUAAAAAUUGAAAUGUCAGCCAGGAAGUUCAUGUCUAGUUCAGCCAGGUUCAUCCAGAAGCCUCUAGUGCCAUCUCUGGUUAACAUAGACAUUUUUUCCUUUGUCUACAUCUAUUUAUGCUUUCUCAAAAUUCUCAGGAUGUCAUUGAAAAUUGCUCUUUCUAUUUUUUUGGCUUUCAUUCCAGUCAUUUAUGUUCACAGGAAAUUUGCUUAACGAAUUUUCAAAAUUUUUUUAAUCGUUUAAUUUGAUCUUGGUUGUCUAUCUUGAACGUGUCUCGUGAUCACAAUCCUUGCAUGGGCAAUACACGUGCAAAUUUCAAUCCAACACAGUUUCUUCCUGAAAAUCUUGAUGUGUUAAAUGCGAUUUUGUCUGCAAAUUUUAUUAUUGACAUUUUACCUUCGAUUGUUGAAUUAUUCUCACAUGAAUAAUCAAAGAUUUAAAUGAAUUUUUAAAAGUUGAUUACGCGCUUACUCGUCUAAAACGUUAUCCGAGCCCAUUACGAAAUAAAGAUCAGCAGACAAUAUUAGCGACAAUUUAAUUGAAGUUUAAGAACCGAAAUCUUUAAUUAACUCAAAUUGUUUUGCUCCUCUCCUCAAGUUUAUCCGCCGAGUUUAAGUGUUAAAUAUUACGAUUACGCGCUGAUUAUAAAAUUUUCAUGCUAACUUUCGAUACACUCAAGUUCGAAUCUUUCUUGGUUUUUUAUUCAUACAACCUGAGGUCUGAAAGUUUACUGGCCCAAAAUAAGUUAAAACGUUACAUUCCUUCUGAGUUCUAAAAUAAUCUUGUAAGUUUCACAACAGAUAAAGGGAUAAUGAUAUUACUCAAUGCAGAGCUCAUUACGUGCAGUGCAGAACUUAUCGCGGGCAAUGCAAAGCUUCUUACGUGCAGUUAAUAUAUCGCUCCUUCAGUGCAGUGCAAAGCUCACGGGCUAUACAGAGUAAUAACGUGCAGUGUAGAGCUCAUUACGUGCACGACGGAGUAAUUACGUGCAGUGUAGAGCUCAUUACGUGCACGGCAGAGUACUUACGUGCAGUGUAGAGCUAAUUACGUGCACGGCAGAGUUCUUACGUGCAGUGUAGAGCUCAUGACGUGCCCGGCAGUUUACUUACGUGCAAUACAAUGCCACGUGACACCCAACAUAUGAUGUGCAUACGAAUAUUCUACUAUAUUUCAGCAGGUGAGCCAAUUUUUCUAGUGUCUAGGACUGGAUGCAUAUAAGUAGCGUUUUCCUGUAUCGUGAUUUUUUUGUAUAAAUAUCAUGUGUACGUGGUCAAUAGAUCCACUAUA